CCAUUGACAGGGGUGUUUGAUUUGAAAUGGGAGUCUCUUACAGGGGUGUUUGAUUUGAAAUGGGAGUCUCUUAAUUUAACCUUACAAAUGUUGAAGUCCAUAUCAGCAGCCGCUGGAUUCGUUCGAUGAUUUCGAGUGAGUUCUAGGUAGCUAGAUCCUUGAAUUACUACUACAAACAACAUAGUUUAAAUCAUCAUCAUCAUCAUGAGCAUGAACAUGAACAUGAACAUGGAAGAAGAAGAUCAGGAGAGGGGUUAUGUGAAAAGGAAAGAAGAAGAUGAAGAAGAAUACACACAAGAUGGGACUGUGGACCUAAAGGGAAGACCUGUCCUUAGAUCUACAACUGGAAAAUGGAAAGCUUGUUCUUUCAUUGUUGGGUAUGAAGUGUUUGAGAGAUUGGCAUAUUAUGGGAUUGCAACAAAUCUUGUCAUCUAUUUAUCAGAGAAGUUGCAUGAAGGAACAGUCACAUCUUCAAACAAUGUCACCAACUGGGUAGGCACUGUUUGGAUGAUGCCGUUAUUGGGCGCCUACAUCGCCGAUGCUCAUCUAGGACGCUAUUGGACCUUCAUCUUCUCCUCCAUCAUUUAUCUCCUUGGAAUGUGUUUGUUGACUCUGUCGGUAUCAUUGCCAUCCUUAAGGCCUCCGUCAUGUGGCCCAAAUGUUAAGGACCAGGAUUGUCACAAGAAGGCCUCCUCCCUUCAAAUUGGGGUGUUCUAUUGCGCUCUAUACAUAAUAGCUGUUGGAACAGGAGGGACUAAACCCAACAUCUCGACUAUGGGGGCAGACCAGUUCGACUCUUUCGAGCCAAAAGAGAGGAUGCAAAAGCUAUCAUUCUUCAAUUGGUGGAUGUUCAGCAUCUUCUUUGGCACACUCUUUUCCAACACCUUCUUGGUCUACAUACAGGACACCGUCAGUUGGCCAGUCGGUUAUGGGCUUCCAACUAUUGGCCUCGCCGUUUCAAUUAUGAUCUUCAUCUCGGGCUCUCGCUAUUAUAGACAUAAAACUCCUUUGGGUAGUCCUUUAACUAAGAUGGCUAAGGUGCUUGUGGCUUCGGUCAAGAAAUGGAAAGUGGCUGCUCCAAAUGACCCUAAACAGCUUUAUGAGCUUAGCUUGGAACACUAUGCUUCUUCCCGAACAUAUCGUAUAGACCAUUCCUCUUCCUUAGAGUUUCUCGAUAAAGCGGCGGUCGAGAGCGGGUCAAAGUCGAAGUGGAGCUUAUGUCCGGUGACUCAAGUAGAAGAAACAAAGCAAAUGAUGAAGAUGAUUCCAAUAUUAGUGGCCACUUUCAUUCCCAGCACCAUGCUAGCUCAAUCACACACUCUGUUCAUAAAACAAGGCACCACCCUGAUCAGGAGCAUGGGGCCACAUUUCAGCAUCCCACCAGCAUGCCUGACGGCGUUCGUCACCAUCUUCAUGCUCGUCAGCAUCGUCAUCUACGACAGACUCCUCGUGCCCGCGCUUAGAAAAUACACGAAGAAUCCUAGGGGGAUCACGCUGCUGCAAAGAAUGGGGAUAGGCAUGGCCAUUCACAUAAUGAUCAUGGUCAUAGCUUUCUUAGUGGAGAGGAAGAGAUUGAGUGUGGCCAGGGACCACGGAAUCACCCGGAAGGAACAGAUUGUGCCUUUGAGCAUAUUCAUACUCUUGCCGCAGUUUGCGCUCAUGGGAGUGGCUGAUAACUUCAUGGAGGUGGCUAAGAUCGAGUUCUUCUACGAUCAGGCGCCUGAAGGAAUGAAAAGCCUUGGAACUGCAUAUUUCACCACCAGCUUGGGAAUUGGAUACUUCUUGAGCAGCUUUCUUUUAUCCACGGUGGCUCAAGUCACGAAGAGGAAAAAUGGUGAUGGUGGUUGGAUUCAGAACAAUCUGAACGUCUCGCAUCUAGACUAUUACUAUGCAUUCUAUGCAGUGUUGAGUCUUAUUAACUUUAUGUUCUUUCAAUUCGUCGCUCGCAAGUUUGUUUACAACUCCGACGACAAAGAACCAAAGAGGCAAUUGCAAGAAGACAUUGUAAAUUCUCAUAUUACUUCUCUAGGAGGUAAGAUAAGAGAAUAAGACCUUGUUCGUUUCAAUAAAGGGUGAAGUGAAGUUAUCCCACAAUUCAUCUAA